UUUCAAUUUGGCUGUGAAACAACGAAGAACGUGAGCAAUCCAAUCCGAUCAGAUUCCUCUCAAUCGCGAACCGAUUCCACAAAAAACGCAGAGCGGAGCUAACUGGAAUCCAGGCGAAUGUGCAACGAAAGUGAAACGAAGAGCAGGCUAAAUAAGCGGAAGUGAGAGACACAAUUAAUUAGAACACACUCAAUUUGAGGCAGUGAAAGAAAGCUUUGAACGCACUCACUUAAUUGAAGUCACUGAGGGGCUUGCUUCGCUUCGAACAAUUGGAGCAAUUGGAGUGUCAGGGAGUGUAGCAUUUGAACAUUUAUAACACACUUAUUUUUUGGUGCAGUGUAAGCUUCGAACAACUGGAACACACACACACAUACACACAGGCACUCAAUUGGAUGGAGUGGAUGUGGAUGCGUGACAGCAACAGCAACUGCAAAGCCAACGGCAGGAAGUGGCCAAACUAGAGAGCGAAAGCGACACACACACUAAAAGAGAGAGAGCGAGAGUAAACGAGUGGGACAAAGAGAGAUAACUGCCAAACAGCAGCAGCGCAAACAGCUUCCAAUCGCAGUCUAAUUAUAGCGCACUGAUGUCUAAAAAUAAGCAACAAUUCCACAGCCACACAACCACAAACUCGGGCAAACAAACCCAUUGAGAGCAGCCUGCAGAUCAGAGAGAAGUGUAAAGCAGUUUCGAUUCGAAAUUCGCUUUCGUCAGUGUCGCGCGCGACCAACAGCUGUUUAUUUGACAAAAGCGCGCUGGCUGGUGAUAAGGAAAGCGAUAGCCCAAAAUCAGCGGCAACGCCAAAGGGUGCAAGGGCGGCAAGCGAACGAAGCGAACGGAUCGAACGGAUCGUACGGAGCAGGCGCAGCUUGCGGGCCAUACACGGAAACAGAGGCGGGACGGGACAGAUAGAACGCCAAGGAGCCAUCACAAAAUGCGAGCAGCCUGAGUGGACAGAGCGAGAGGAAAGGCUGAGAGAGAGCGCACAUGACGAGCAACCGAACAUCGAGCAUCGAGCAUCGAACAUCACUCAUUGGCCGGACAUUGAGUUGGCUCGGGCCGGCCAAGGCGCGCCCCACUUUUGAGAUUCAACAUCCAAAUCCACAUCCAACUGCAAGCCCAGACGCAACGUGAAACGUCAUCGUAGCGCAACGGCAACGGCAACGGCAACGUCAGCGUCGGCCGCAUUUCGCACUCAAAUCGAAUUCUGCUCAGGGACACGACGCCACACGAGAUGCAACAACAACAACUGCAGCAGCAGCAGCAGCACUCAAGCACAUCAGCAGCAGCAGCCGAAGCAGAAGCAGAAGCCCGUGUCACCCCCCGAGUACAGUUCGAUUGCCCCAGCCGCGGCCCAGACGCUCGCACCAAUCGCCUAUCGAUCCCGAAAGCUCAGUGAAAGACAGCUCAGAUCCCUGUCGAUCCGCUUCGGUGCGCAAUCGUGUUCUUUCCUUUCCGCACAACGGAAGCUUCCCCAACUAUUUUCGGUUUUUUUUUUUUUUGCACGUAACACAACCCCAUAACUAAACCCCCAAAACACAUAGGGAACUCCCCAAAAAAAGAUAAACGUUAGUGUUAACGAUUUUGUUUUGUUUUGUUUUGUUUUCUGUUUUCGUCAAUUGAUUGUGAUUUUGAAACGGUGUGAUUGCAAAAUAAUUAACCUGCAAAUUACCAAAAAGAAAGUUCCUUAGGCAAGUGAUACUACGACAGAACUCUAGAGAGUGCACGCAUAUACACAAAAUACAAUAUACACACACACACACCACACACACCACACACACACACACAUAUAUAUAUACCCUACGUAUAUCCACAAUACAUACAUAUAUCUACGUGCAUAACAACAUAAGGCAAGGUCCAGACAAGGAGAAUACUAUACUCUAUCCACGCCCAGGACACGCAGCAUGCAAACAUGAUUCUCGCAGUGGCAACGUCUAAGCUUAUCGUAGUGCUGGCCGCAGUCAUGCUGGCCCUGUCGCUGUCUAACUCCCUGUCCGAGGCGAGUCCCGUGUCCGUGACCACGGAGGAUGGUGGGGUGCGCACGCGCUGUGCCGACAUCCUGGCCGAGUCCAUACAACUUAUCUGCAGAAAUCGCACACGCUCGCUGGCCGAUGCCUAUCCCAACAGCUUUGGGCGUCGCACCAAGCGGUUCUCUCCCGACGAGAUAUUCUACAGGCCACUGCAGAACGGUCCCACCCACGAUUGUUGCAGUCGUCCGUGCAACUACACGGAGCUCAAGCAGUACUGCGCUCCCCCCGAAAGUGAAAACUGAAAGAAAAAUCUAGCACUAGCCACCAGAUACCCUUUCAAGCUGGGCAUAGCUGCAUAGCUGCAUACAUAAAUAUUGAAACAGUAUCCAGAUACUGUUCAGCACCAGCACCAGCACCUGUAGCACCAGUAGCACCAGCAGCACCAGCAGCACCAGCAGCACCAGCAGCACCAGCAGCACCAGCAGCAACAGCAUCCAGAAAAGCACCAGCAUCUAAAACCACAUAGAUUACACGUACACCUAGUAUAUUCCAUUAAUUUAAACUACGCUCUAAUUGCACUUUGUAAAAAUAAACAUGCGAAUGCGAGAAAUCCGUCUAGGAAAA